GUACCCGGAAAAGUAACUCUUUGACGUGUAUGCAUGGUACCGUGUGUUUCCGGUAUAGCGUGUGUUCACAGUUAUCCAGCCUUUUCCUCUUGGGUUUCAAUAGAACAGUCACUUUGGACUCCCGGCUCCUUACCUAUUUCCCCCUAAACGGCGUAUCUAACUUUGUGGACAUGGCAUCAUCAGUUUCGGCACAGGCUCAGGCGAAUCCUGCUCCGGUUGCGGCGCUCCAGAGAGGAAUAGUCAAGAUGGUCUUGUCAGGAUGUGCAAUAAUCGUGCGGGGCCAGCCACGGGGAGGCCCGCCCCCGGAGCGUCAGAUCAACCUGAGCAACAUCCGUACCGGAGUGCUAGCUCGCCGCGCCCCCCAGAGCCAGCCCGACCAAAAGGACACCCCUGACGAGCCCUACGCCUUCCAGGCCAGAGAGUUCUUGCGCAAGAUGUUGAUUGGGAAGGAGGUAUGCUUCACAGUGGAGGUCAAGACUGCUCUGGGCAGAGAAUACGGCAUGGUGUACCUGGGCAGAGACACCACCGGCGAGAACAUUGCUGAAUCUCUGGUGAACGAGGGCCUCGCCACUGUCCGCAGGGAAGGAAUCCGGGGAAACAAUCCAGAUCAGGCUAGACUGUGUGACCUGGAGGACCAGGCCAAGGCCUCCAAGAAGGGCAUGUGGACGGAGGGCGGCGGCACCAACACCGUACGCGACCUCAAGUACAUAAUCGAGAACCCCCGCAACUUCGUUGACUCCAUGCACCAGAAACCUGUCAAUGCCGUCAUUGAGCACGUGCGCGACGGUAGCGUGGUCCGUGCCCUGCUCCUGCCCGACUACUACCUGGUCACGGUCAUGCUCUCUGGGGUCAAGUGUCCGACGUUCAAGCGCGAGGCGGACGGCACGGAGUCGCCAGAGCCCUUCGCUGCCGAGGCCAAGUUCUUCACGGAGUCGCGUCUGCUCCAGAGGGACGUGCAGAUCAUCCUGGAGAGCUGCCCCAACCAGGUCAUCCUGGGUACCGUGCUCCACCCGAACGGGAACAUCACAGAGCUGCUGCUGAAGGAAGGGUUCGCCCGCUGUGUGGACUGGUCCAUGGCCGUCUACACCCAGGGGGCAGAGAAACUCCGGGCCGGAGAAAAAUCUGCUAAAGAACGUAAAGUGCGUAUCUGGAAGGACUACGUAGCCCCCACAGCCAACAUGGACCAGAAGGACAGGCAGUUUGUGGCCAAGGUGAUGCAGGUCGUCAAUGCGGAUGCCGUCGUGGUCAAGCUUAACUCUGGCGAGUACAAAACCAUCCACCUGUCCAGCAUCCGACCCCCCAGGAUCGAGGGCGAGGAGAAGAACAAAGACAAAGACAAGCGUUUCCGUCCCAUCUACGACAUCCCCUACAUGUUCGAGGCCCGCGAGUUCAUGAGGAAGAAGAUCAUUGGCAAGAAGGUAAGAGAACCACGCCCACAAGUCCCACUCAUGUAGAGCUGUAGUUGACUA